AUGGCGGACGAAGAAGACAUCGGAAAACUAUUAAUUGAAGCGGUAUUAAGGAGUGAUGCUAACGCCGCAGUACAAUUGCUGACAGAAAGAGGUGUAAACACAGAUUUGCGAUUAGAGCGCAAUGGAUUAAUAAAACCCAUUCUGCAACUAGCAGCGGAGAAUAACGACUAUGCAAUGGUGAAACUAUUACUUGAGCACGGAUCUCCGCUACUUUCAAAUCCCGCUUUCCCUGGAGGUUUCAAAGAAGAUAUCUUAACAGGUCGAACACGAAUUGAUGUGUACAAGUCACUAUGUAGUCCUCCCUAUAUAAUAUUCACUAAGGACGAUCCGUUAACAAGGGUGUUUGAACUAUGCAAAGAGAUGUCGAAGCUGAUGAAUAGCCACGCAGUGAAGAACACUUCUAAAAUAUACUACUCGACAUUGGUUCAGCAGUUGAAAUUAUUUGCCGUUGAAAUACUGGAAUGCUGUUAUAAUUCGGAAGAGGUGUCAAUUUUACUGAAAGGAAAGCCAUGUAAAAAUAGACCAUUGAGUAAUAUAUUGGAUGUUGACCAGUAUCAUUUGGCUGUACGGGCCAUUGAAAGUGAUCAAAAAGAGUUUAUAGGACAUUACUACAGCCAAGACGUGUUGAAGAACGGAUGGGAAAUGGGUCAGCCUACAUGGUCACAAAGGGAUGGGGUCUGGUGGUCUAUACUAUAUUGGUCGUACUGUAUCAUGGUGUUCGGGGUGUUACAAAUACCCUUUGGUAUUAUCUACAUUUUCGCUCCAUGCUGUCCGAUCAGUCAACUGAUAAACAACCCAAAAGGAAGAUUUAUAAUGCGUGCAUUUGCACAUGCCGUGUUUCUUAUUUCUAUGAUUGUGUUCGAUCUUUUGCACUCGUUAGAUCCCACAGUUGAUGUUGAUUUAAUGUUUUACAUAGCAAUAUCGGUUAUAUUCAUAUGGAUACUUGCAUUAUUAUAUGAAGAAGUUCUACAAUGCUACCAAAUCGGAACUCAUAAUUACUUCAGUGAUAUUGUGAAUAUUUUCGACAUAGUUAUAAAGAUGUCGUUCUUGGCGAUCACAUGUAUUCAGGCUAAAUUCGUAGGAACAGCCACAUACAGAUACACGAUCUUACCAGUAUUCAUCGAUUGCUGGUAUUCAAUUAUAUGUGUCUUUGCCUGUAUCCGUUAUAUGGAGAACUUGUUUUUAGUGGAGUUUGUUGGACCUAUGCUGUUCCAUUUCUCCAAUAUGGCAACUGAUGUCGCACGUUUCAUUUGUAUCUUUCUAAUUGUGUGUAUUACGUUUGUAUUUGGAUUAUACAAUUUAUAUAAUGAUACUGGAACGGACGGCUCUUUUACGAGCCUAGAGACAACGAUUACAUCACUACUUGGUAGUGUGUUUGGUAGUACUGUUUCCGAUAGCUCUCUAGAAGUGUCAUUGGAAUUCAACGUUAGUGCAAAGUUUAACCAGGAUGCUUCUGAGGUGUAUUCUACGCUUGGAUUUACUCUUUAUGCAGUAUUCUGUCUGAUUUCCAUUUUAGUAUUAGUAAACCUUUGUAUUGCAAUGAUGUCUGAUACAUAUGCUAGACUACAGGAGCGAGUCGAUAUUGAGUGGAAAUUCAAGCGAACAAAAAUGUGGUUACAUUAUUUUUCGGCACCAACACUCCCGCCACCAUUAAAUUUAAUACCAACGGGCUACUGUUUGGUACAGAUGUGUUUGAGAGUGUGUUCAUUUCGAAGAAGCCCACGUGGUAACAAGAGGACGGCAAGUAACACCAAUUCGGCGAAGCAACAAACAGAUGGUCUGACGUACGACAAAGUAAUACAAGUGCUGGUGGAUCGUUAUCUUUACAAGAUCAAUCCUGCAUUAAAUAGGAGGUAUAACAAAACUGGAAUUCUGAACCCGAGUACCAAGAAAAGCUGCACAGAUUAUACAAAUUAUUUGUGUGAUAUUGAGGACGAGAACAAUGUAUGA